GGAUCUGCAGACUGCCUAUACCUUCAAAGAUCAAGUUCGUUCCGCGUCUGAUCAUUCAACAUUCAUUCCCUUCCCUGUUCUCUUGUUCUGCGUUCUCAUGCAUUCUCUAUUCUUGUUCGUCACCUUGUCUUCUUUUGCUCUCAGGUCCCAUGGCGCGGGGCGCAAUGUUACCAUCGACGACACAGAUCCUAUGAUUGUGUACACUGGCACCUGGGACGCGAGUAACAGCCACAUCUCUACGUUAGACUUCAAUGGAAGCCACGCGCUGAGCAGUGAUCCCUCUGCCUCGGCGACGGUCAUCUUUACGGGUGUUGCGGUGCACUUUCUCUCUCCCCGAUGGCCGUACUUGGUGAACUCGACCAUUACUCUCGAUGGCGAGGACGGAACGUUCGUGAAUCUCACAGAUCCCAACACGGAGCAGACAAUCGGUGGACCAGAAACCGAGCGGUACACGGCUCACUGGUCGAGGACGGGACUAGAGAAUGUUUCGCACGAGGUGGUCGUGUCGAUGGCUGCUGCUGGAUAGUGUAUCGUUCUAGAUGGGUUUACAUAUACGGUCGACGAUGAGGAUGUCACUGACAUUACGGCAAGUGGUGGAAGUUCCACUGUGCUGGCUGCUGGGUCUAGUGGUCUGGUCGAUCAGGCUUCAUCCGUGUCUAUUUCCGCA